AUGCUCUUCCGCGGAACGGUGGUUAUCUUCUGUUUUGCUCUGGCCUCAGCCUUGGUGGCUAGUGUUGUGCUUUUGCUCCGUGACAAAAAUAGAGAAGUCGUUUUGAAGCGGAAACCUUUGCACCGCCAGGACGAUGAGAAUGUCCCCAUCUCUCUGAACUUUGACAAGAAUUACCCGUUCAUGUUCGACAAGAGAGGGAAACUGCAAAAACGACCGGUCCUGAAAGUUGUAGACCCCGCGGCAGGGGAACCAGUCGAAGAAGCAGAACGCCCCCAAAAUGCACCAGUGGAAGUGGAAACCGUUACGGUCGGCGAAAAGGUGAUGUAG